AAGAUCCAUCGCUAUGCGAGGAUUGCACUUACUGCUGGCCGGUCUCUAUGUGGCGCUUGUCCAGAGCGAGAAUUUGACGGCGGCGGUGCGCUUUCUCUGGCCGCCAACUGGCCACCUGGAGCCGUCGUCGACGCUGCUCGUGCGCUUCGACGUGCCAGUCCGCGCCGACGGCUACAUUGCGCUCUCGAGCACGAAACUCAAAGGCCUCUUGCAGGCACAGCCUGAUGCUAUUGUGCUACAAGACAUUGAGCCAGGAACGCACGUCGUCGAGGCGCAAGUCCACGACAAGAACCACGCGCUGUUAGGACCACCCGCCGUCCUGCGCAUCGAGCGCGUGCUGUCCAAAGACGAGGCCGACGCGCAGCGCAGUCGUAGUACGAAGCCACGCGUGUGGCUCACAGCGCUGCCAGCCGUCGCAGGACGCCGCCCACGUCGACGCACACUGUGCUUUGUCGGUACGAACGGUCAGUUUGACGGCCAGCGGCAGCUCUGGCUGCACCUCAUUCAGGGCCUCGCGCGGCAUCCAUCAGUAACCUACGCGUUCCACAUGAUUCGCCUCGAAGAUGCGUCAACAAGGUUUGAUCCGUUUGCAGACAUUGGCGUACCCGUCACGUACGCCCCGAUGCAAGUCUCGAUGGAAGAAGCCGCAACGUACCAGCUCACGACCAACACGACGAUGGAGUCGAUUGCCGACUACGUUCUCAAUGGCAAACCCGACGCGCCCGCGCACAUUCCGCGGCUUUGGUCGACGUUUCUCCGCACGUUUGCACCAUGUCACGGCGGCAUACUGGUCAUCGCCAACUCGCGCGACCACGGCGACCGCGUCCUCGCCCUCGUCGCCAAGCACGUGGGCGCUCGCGGCGUUCUCUUUGAUCUCUCGAGCGUCUUCCCCGUGGCGAAUACCGUCGACGCACUCAUUGGACCAUCGAGCUACACGCUGGAGCACGACAGCGUGACACGGUCCAUCACGGCGAGGCACCGCCAUGUCAUUCCGCCUGGCAUCGACGCAAAUGUAUUUGCGCCUGCGCCACAACGCAAAACGAACAGUUGCCUCGUCGUCGGCUUCCUCGGCCGGAUCGCACCGGAAAAGUCCCUCGGACUCCUUGCGCGCGCCGCCGAACUCCUCGCGACGAGACGCGAUCUCUGCCUUGUCUUUCGGUGGGUCGGCGAAGGCCCCCAUGCUGUGUAUUAUGCGCACUACCCGGUUGAGCUGGUUGGUGGUAUUUACAACGAGACCGCACUCGUCCACGAGCUCCAGUCGUGGGAUUUGGCAGUUCACCCAGGCCUCCAAGAGACGUUUGGCAUCGCCAACAUUGAAGUCAUGGCGGUUGGGCUGCCACUGGUGUGCUUUGGUGUGGCCGGCACGACCGAGUACAUUCGACACAACGAAAAUGCGUGGGUUGUCGACGACAUUUGUCCCGAGGCGCUCGCAGCUGGGAUCGAAGUCCUGGCCAGAGACAGCGAUUUGCGGCAACGACUGGGACGAGGUGCGCGUACGACAGUCGAGAAGCAGUUUACGUGGUCGGCGACGGUAGCUGCAUACGACGAGGUGUUUGGCCGCCUCAUGAGCGCGCCACGCGGCCAAGCUGUGAUUAAGUGAUAACACUAUUUCUUCAUGCCAAAUGACUCA